AGGAAAAUCACGAUCCAAUGGCAUGCAUAGACACGUACAACUCCGAUCAGCCACAGUACAAGGGCGUGCCGAUAGGCGCGAGGAUCUCCUUCUCCAACGACUUUGUCGACCCGAACUACUCGGCGAAACAAGACAUGACGAGGAGUCCCAGAGCAGAAGCAGCAGCAGCAGCCGCUUCUGCAGACUUUGAGUUCUUCUCACUGUCAUCGGCGGCAGCGGUGGCGCCAACCACAGGGUUCUCCAUGAUGAGCGCCGACGAGCUCUUCUUCAAGGGAAGGCUGUUGCCUCUCAAGGAUGCCAAAUUCCCGAAGACGGCGGUGACGACUCUGAGAGAUGAGCUUCUGAUGAAUGAGGAUGAAGAUGAUGACAGUGUGUUUGUGAAACCACCAAAGGGGUCGAGCACAAGGUGGAAGGGUUUUCUGGGCCUGAAGAAGACGAGCCACACUCCGUCCAAGAGAUCGGUUGAGACGAUCAGUGAUGAGAAAUUUGUUGAGUUUGAAUUCAACAGUGAGAAGUGUGACCUGGCCUCAGAUGAUCAUAAGACUAUCACUCCAGGCAAGGCAUCACCGGACGUGACGAAUCAUGGAGGGUCGGACCGCGGAGACACCGAGAUGGUAUUGUAGGAGAUUCAACUCAACCGGUGUGGUUGGGCUGCCUGGUGUUUUGGUGGUGUGAUUCACUAGUCGUUUAUGAAGUUAGUGUGAGUCAUGUUUGGACAAGAUCCAAGAUGUCAAUGUUUGGAUCAUCCCGGUCGCGUUAGCACUUUUAAGGUUGUCUGUUCUUCUUUUUUCUCUCCUUUUGUUUUGGGGGCGGGCUUAGUUUUCCCGAUUCCAAUUGAGUGGAGACGUGCCAAUGUAAAUUAUCUCUUUAUUUUGUCA